UGUCUUCAACAGGCUGUUGGCCCACUCAACCAGCCUCGUCCGCAGCCUUGCCCAGCACUGUCUGUGCAGGCAUCUCUUCGUGGUCCUCGGCAGGUCUUAAAUCGUCGUCAGGCACUCCUCUUCCACCUGUUCCCUUUCCUCAAAAUCCGCAUCCGCCUCAUUAUCCUGGCACCAACGACGGGACUAGCUCAGGCCGGUUAUCGAUCUACUCGGUCUGUAUGUAGCCGGACGAGAUUUAAUCGCCUCUCACCGUUUACGCCCUCCUCCUCCUCCUCCUCUUCCUCCUCCCUCUCACACAUUCAUUCCCGAUCUCGUGCUGAGCGUGUGCAGCCCUCGGCUCACGCGCACGCACACUACCUCACUCACCAACUGAAACAAACAAGCAGACGAGCCACGCGCCAGUCCCUCUUUUAUUUGCUACUCAUUCCUCUGUUGUGUGAAGAGCGUAUCUUGGUUGUCCUCACCAUCGAUACCACGACAGAGGUGAUUCCCCUCUGUACCUUCUUGCGUUCAUUAGCCACGGACGCCCCAGAGGUUGCAGGCACGAUCCAGCAGUUCGCAUCUACCUGGAUGGAUUAG